GGAGACGUCAGUCGCUAAUUGUGACAAUCCACAGUAGGCGGGAGCUCGAUUAUAAUUCGCUGAUCCGUUCCGUUAAAUCGCAUUCUACAAAAUUUAAUGGACUGCUAAAAGUGUCCAACGCAUUCCAAACGUAUUCACACACCCACACAAAGCAAAAUCUGUGAUAUAUAUAAAUAAAACUCAAUCUCGGUCGGCAGCUCGACGACAAUUCAACAAGUUCAAGAUGCAUCCCGUUGUUCUUCUAAUUGCCUGCGGCCUGUUCAUCGGCACUUGGGCGGCCACAGUCCAGCCACCUCCAUUGAUUCAAACGCUCAGCGCUGGCGGCGACAUUGGACCCGAAUUUAAGCUCGAUCCGGCUUUGGAACAGGACAAAGACAGCGGGUUGGAAGAUGCGCAAUUCUGGCGUCGCGUAGGUCUAAGGCAGCUGAAGAAGAUCAUCGAUCAGGCGCAGAAGACCAAGGAAAACUCGUAUAAACGCAAGGCGAAGAACAUUAUCAUCUUCAUUGGCGAUGGCAUGGGAUUGUCAACGAUUAGCGCUGGACGCAUCUAUAAGGGGCAGUAUCUGAAGCACGGUCAUGGCGAGGAGGAGACGCUGUCAUUCGAUGACUUCCCCUACACCGGUUUGGCCAAGACCUACAAUGUGGAUAAGCAAGUUCCGGAUUCGGCGGGCACAGCCACAGCCAUAUUUACGGGUGUAAAGAGCGACUAUGGCGCCAUUGGCAUGGAUACCACACGCUCCAAGGUGAAUGCCACCCAGGGACGUCUCGAUUCCAUCAUGGACUGGGCCCAAAGCGAAGGCAAACGCACCGGCAUCGUAACCACCACUCGCAUCACUCAUGCAACGCCAGCUGCAACCUUUGCUCGCAUCUAUCAUCGUGACUGGGAAUGCGAUACGGAGGUGCCCAAGGAAUCCGUUGGCAUACACUCUGACAUUGCCCGACAGUUGGUAGAGAAUGCGCCUGGCAACAAGUUCAAUGUAAUCCUCGGCGGCGGUCUUUCGCCCAUGGGAGCACUCAACAAGAGCGAAGUACGCACCGUGAAAUUCGAGGGCGGCACCGAAACAAUUUGUGCACGAGGCGAUGAACGUAAUCUGACCCAGGAAUGGCUCCUCCAACAUGCCAACGAUAGUGUGCCCGCAGCGCUGGUCACGAAUCGCGAGCAACUGGCGAAAGUGAAUGUCAAGGAAACGGAUUAUCUGAUGGGUUUGUUCCGUAACAAUCACAUUACUUAUUCGAUUGCUCGCGAGGAAGGCGAACCUUCGCUCCAGGAAAUGACCGAGGCUGCGAUUUCUGUGCUCGAGCGAGGUGACAAGUCCGCUGGCUAUGUGCUGCUCGUGGAGGGAGGACGCAUCGAUCAGGGACAUCAUCAGAACUAUGCGCGUGCUGCACUCCACGAAGUCUACGAGCUGGACUUGGCUGUGCAGGCGGCUCUUAACAUGACCGAUUCGGAUGAGACUUUGAUUCUGGUCACCGCGGAUCAUUCGCAUUCCGUAACCUUCAAUGGUUAUCCGCAACGAGGCGCUGACAUCUUGGGUGCAGCCAAUCUGCACAAGCCCCGGGAUCCAAUGGUGUACGAGACCAUCACGUAUGCCAAUGGACCCGGCUACUUUGAUCAUUUGGCCAACGAGACGAAGCCCGUGAACAGUUCCAAUGUGUGGAUGGCACUCAAGCAGUUCACCAAGACGGAAAUGGAGUCUCCCACCUACAGGCACAUGGCCACCUUGGCACUCAAGGAUGAAACGCAUGGCGGUGAGGAUGUGAUUGUCUUUGCCAGCGGACCUGGUUCCAGUUUGGUGCGCGGCGCCUUCGAGCAGAAUUAUCUGGCCUAUGUGAUGAGCUAUGCUGGCUGCAUGGGUCCUGCCAAGAACUAUGAUGACUCCUGCAAGCAGCACUCGGAAAAACACGAGGACCAUGUCCACAAUGUCACAAGCAACGCCGUCGCCCUGACACUCGAACUCCUCUCUCUGGCCACCUGUUUGGUCGCCAGCCUGCUCUAAGCUGGCACAAUUCCUUACAUAUAUAUAAAAGAUAUAUGUCGUUGUCUAGUAUUACGGGUUUUGUAGUUAACUUUGCUUAACAAGCUAAUAAAAAUGAUUUAGUUUAACAA